CAGGAAAUAUCACGCUGGCUCUCAAUUAGAGGAUCUCAAAGUCAUUCAAGAUGGUGUUUGAAACUCUCUCCAGGAUUAUCAAGAACCAACUUCCAGCCUACCUCAAGAAGCUGCCUCUGCCAGAAACUAUCGGAGGCUUUACGAGACUCACAGUUUUAGAGUGGUUGCGGCUCCUACCGUUGUUGGGCAUUUUGGCUCUGUUGGGUUACCUGACCAUCCGACCCUUCCUGCCCAAGAAAAAGAGCCAAAAGGACAGUUUAAUCAACCUGAAGAUCCAAAAGGAAAACCCUAAAGUGGUGAACGAAAUCGACAUAGAGGACCUGAAGAGUCCAAACGUUUGCUACUGUCGGUGCUGGCGAUCCAAAACGUUUCCUGUUUGUGAUAAAUCGCACAUAAAGCAUAACGAGCUGACCGGGGACAACGUUGGCCCACUUAUUCUUAAGAAGAAGACCCUGUAGGCCACCCCUUUUUGGCCCAUAUAUGGAGAGGGCUUUGAAGACCAUUCAAAAUGCUUCUAAAUGCAUUAUUUUUUUCCCCACUGAAGAACCUAUGGUAAUUUUGUUUGUUGUACUUACCCAAACUAUUUCCAACGUUUUAAUAGUUUAGACAAAUUGUUCUGUAACUUGUCACUGUAAUGAUCUGAAUAUUUUAGUUCAUCUGAGAGACUAAUUAUAUUGAUUUUGCAUUUUGUCAAAUUGUUCUGGUGAUUUGUUUUUCUUGGAAAAUGUAGUUUGACCUUUGUGUGCAAUAUAAACGGACCAUAAGGAAAGGUGUGUCCACGAAAGUGUCUUUUUUUUUUUUCUUCUUCUUUUUUUUUCUUAAUAUCUGACUUUGCCUUUUACUAUUUUCUGUACAGUGUGCUCAUUUAGGCCAUUGUGAAAGACCUGAUACUUUAUUGUUUACCUUUUUAAGUGAAGUACAUUAUUAGGAUUUGUUUUUUUUUCUUUGCUAUUUUCAACAUAAUUUUUGCUACAACUCUUAUAGAACGUUUGCUAAAUUAUUGUACAUUUUUCAACUGCAGGAUACUCCAUUAGUAAUUGUAGUGUUUGCAUACCUGUAGACAUUUCAUGUUGCCUUGUAAUAAAUGCCUUGGCCAACACCAUUACACGUUAUUACAAUAUUUAUGAUCGGUGUAACAAAUGUGCCCUCCUUUUACUUUCCACCUGAACAACAUGCUGUAAGAUUGCAAUUAAUAUUAUGUAUGCCUUAAGUUACAUUCAAAACCGUUUUAAACUGCACACAGUUUGACAAUCCAUUGAUUCUUACCAGAAUUUCGAGUGCUAGAUGGUUUUGUAUUUGAUGGCUGUUGGUGAUUGGAAUCACCAUAGAUGUUUAUUUUCAUUAAGGUUACAUUUGUAUUGCAACUGGACUGUGCCUAAUGACUUUUAUAAAAUAAAGGUUUAACC